UUCUUCUUUUCUCUCUCUCACUCUCUCUCUCUAAAAGACAGCCUCUCAGCUCAGUUCUAGCUCUUAUGUUGUUCUUGUUGUUCUUGUUCUUCUCAAAACUAAGAACCCUUCACUAAAUCCAACCAUCCCAAUUCAAAAUCCCUCAUCUUUUCAAUCUCCCUUCACUCAAUUUCACUUGUGGGAUACAUAAAAAUGUUGGGGAAAGACAUUAAUGUUCCUGAUCUAUCUCUUCAAAUCAGCCCUCCCAAAACCGACGCAUCGACUUCAUUUGAUGUUCGACAACAAACUCAAACACCUCCGGUCGACACCGAGCUCUCUCUAUCGAACAAUUCGGUGGUGUCGGUCGACAUAUUGGCCGAUCGGUUCCGACCCAUUAGAGGAAUCCCAAUUUACAGCAACGGGUUGUCGUCGUCUUCUUCAACGUAUUCGAAUCAAACCCAAACGACAUCGUCUUUAUCGUCGUUGUCGUUGUUGUCGUCUCCUCCUUUGAAUCAAUUUAUUGUUCAAAAUCAUCAAAACCCUCUUCUUGGGGUUUCGAAUUUUUGGUGUAGUAAUAAUAAUAGAUCGAGAUUGUUUAUGCCAAGGAUUCAAAGCCGACGAAGUUUUAGAGCUCCAAGAAUGCGUUGGACUUCAUCUCUUCAUGCUCGUUUCAUUCGAGCUGUUGAACUCCUUGGUGGCCAUGAAAGGGCGACUCCAAAAUCAGUCCUGGAAUUAAUGGAUGCCAAAGAUCUCACACUAGCUCAUGUCAAGAGUCAUUUACAGAUGUUUCGUACUGUUAAGAACACCGACAAACAAACAGGUUCUUCAGAAGGGUAUGGAGAAGAAGAUUUCUUGCCUGCAACACCAACCCCACAUCAUGAAGCAACCUGUUUGCUCAAUCAUAGAAGAGGGCUUACUGCAUCUUUGGAGCCUCAUGUUAAUGGAUCCUCACCUUCCAUUAAUUACCACCGUAACUCUUCAAGAAGAGCAUAGGAGGUAGGGUUUCCAAGAAGUGCGAACGGGUUUGGAUCAUAAAUUAAUCGAGAGGUAUAAAGCUUCGUUUUUGUUUCUCUCUCUCGAGUUCGUAUAAAGUUCUUGUGUAAUUUGUGUAUGCUACACGACGUUUUGUUGUAAUGUAAUAUCGUAAUUAUGUAUAUCAACUUUAACUUCAAUCC